AUGGAUCAGCCUCCCUUUACCUCAAGCUCACUUUUCACUGUCUCAAAGCAAACAUCUUAUUCAAAAUUAGAUGAAACAAACACAGAUGGAGGUUUCCAUGAUAGAGGGAGCCCAGAUGGGGUAGAAGUCAGAUCCCAAGACAAAGAAAUCCUGAGCAGUCAUCUUACAACUAUCUUCCUCCCAAUCAUCUACAUCAUUGUGUUUGCUGUGGGGCUGCCCACCAACGCCAUGGCAAUAUGGGUAUUCCUCUUCAGGACCAAGAAAAAGCGCCCGUCAUCCAUCUACAUGGCAAACCUGGCUCUGGCUGACUUGCUCUUUGUCAUCUGGGUCCCCCUGAAGAUAUCAUACCACUUCAACGGCAACAACUGGAUCUAUGGAGAAGGGCUGUGUAAAGUGCUGGUGGCGAUUUUCUACAGCAACAUGUACUGCUCCAUCGCCUUUAUCACCUGCAUAAGUGUCCAGCGUUACUGGGCGGUGGUCCACCCACUGUCCGAGCAGCAGAGGGACAACCGCAUACCCGUUGCCGUCUCCGUCACAGUCUGGGUGGUGGUCUGGCUUAUCACCAUCCCUCUCUACCUGCAUGACCAACAGGUCAGAAUAACAAACUACAAUCCACAAAUCCUUACCUGCCAUGAUGUCACCAGGCCCAGUCAGGUGAAAAUAUCAGCUGGCUACUUCCUGACAAUGGGAACUCUGGGAUUUGUUGUUCCCACUGUUGUGUGCAUCAUGUCCUACAUCCUCAUGCUCAAAGCUCUCAAGAACAGCAUGAAAAAUGUUGCCAUCACCAAGAAGCGACGGAAGGCUGUGGUCUUGAUGAUCACGGUAUUGGUUAUGUUUUUAGUGUGCUUCACCCCCAGUAACAUCAUGCUGCUGGUACACUACAUUCUGCUGUUGGACGGGGCCGACAACAACCUGUAUGGAUUUUACAUCACCACCCUGUGCCUGGCUAGUCUCAACAGCUGCAUCGACCCUUUUGUUUACUACUUUAUCUCCAAGGACUUCAGGGAUCAUGUGAAGAACACGUUCCUCUGCAGGAGCGAGAGGACAGUGAAGAGAAUGAAGGUGUCCUUCAGGGCUCCGAAAAACUUACAAGAGCAACACACCACGCCUAAGUCAGGAAAAACACAGAGCACUGAAUGCUAGUGGAUUAAUUAUUUUUAAGCUGUUUUUAUUCUAGAUCAAUAACUCCUUUCAGAUAUUGUUUUUCGGUAAUACUUAAUUUUACAGGUCCCUUAAUUUUUCAUAGUAGUUUCCUGGAAAAUUGCUGGUAAUUUUAUGGUAUGAACCAUUAAGUUUAAGGAAAUUUUCCAGAAAGGGAAGAAGAAGUGUUGCUUUAGUUGGUAAGUACCAACUCAUUAUAUUUGGGUUCUUGGUUGUAAAUUUGCAAAACUUAGAUUCUUAACAGUUCUUUAAUUGACAGAAAAACUUAACUGAGUUUCUUUCAUAAAAACUGCAUGAGUCCAUUUCCCAUAUGCUACAAAACAAGGUAACCCUUUCAAAGAAUGAACAGUUACUGUACAUAACAGCUACUUUUAGAAAAUUAUUGAGAAAAACUCCUGGAAAUUAGUAGGAAAUGAAAGGACCCGUAAAUUAAAGUGUUAUCGUUUUUUUUUAUUCUACUGUGACUUCUUUCACCUCAGGUUUGGUUCAGUACAUGUAAGGAAAUUUAGGAGUGAUCUUUAGCAAUGACCUCCUGUUUUCGCGUUUUGAGCUGUCUAAGUUACUGCUCAUGUUGUUUCUGUAAAUACAUUUAAUUGUUUUUUAUUUCUUUUAUAAUACACUUGUUUUAUGCUUUGCUUGAUGCAGUACUGUGCAGUUUUAGUUGAUUCCAGCCGUUUAUGAAUGAUUGCUUUUAUUCAGUUUUAAUGGGUCUAAUCUUUUAUUCCAUGUUGUAAUUAGAUGAAUUUUCUGUCAGCAUUUGAUGUGCCAGAAUUGAUACCCAAACCUAAAAUGGGCAAAAUUUAGCAGGUUUUAUAAUACAGGGCAAAAGUUUGUCUGUGUUUUUUAAAGUAAUUAUUUUUGCUUGUAUAACCACAUUUUAGUUUAUCAAUAAAAGUAAUUGUCUAA